GUAGUUACCUACCUACAUAUAGUUAUUUAGUAUUUCAGAAGGCUUACAUUACAACUCAUAUUUCCUUACGCUAACUUGCAUACCUCUCAGUUGCACACAUCCAAUCUCAUCUCAGCUACACAAUAAUUCAUUUUCCAAUUAUUGUUCCUUAAGCUUGCCUACCUAGGUAGUAAAUCAUACCAUCUUCGCAGUCAACUUGAGAAGAGCCCAUCAAGAUGCCGUAUAACACUACCGCCAUCCCACCUCGCAAAGAGGUUACAGGCCAGACCCAGCUACCCCUGUCCCGUGUAAAGAAGAUAGUCGCACAAGACCAGGACAUCGGAAUCUGCUCUAACAAUGCCGCCUUCGUCAUCACCCUCGCUACUGAGAUGUUCAUCCAGUACCUCGCCAACGAGGGCCUCAACAUGGCCAAGCUAGAGCGCAAGCCGCGCCGCAACAUCCAGUACAAGGACCUCGCCGCCUCGGUCUCCCACCAGGACAACCUCGAGUUCCUCGAGGACGUGAUCCCCAAGACCGUGCCGUACAAGCAGAUCAAGGCCGCCGCCGCCGCCACCCGCACCCAGCUGACCACCGGCAUCGCCUCCGGCUCCCGUGGCGUCGUCUCGGACCGCCCCUCCGACCAGGCGCAGCAGCAGCGCGAGUCCACCAGCGCCGGCCUCGGACCCGUCAACAACGGAAGCAGCAUGAUGGGCAGCCCCAGCGUCAGCAAGAAGCACCGCAGCAGCACCAGCCGCUCUAGCAUGGCGGGCGGGGCAGCCAGCUUCGUAGGCGCUAGCGGCGCCCUGAUCGUCAGCGAGGACGACGGCACGGAGAUGGAUCCCGGCGACCAGCUGCACAGCGAGAUGCGGCAGGCUCACGAGCAAGAGGAGGCGGAGGAGGCAGAGGAGGCAGAGGAGGCGGAAGAGGACGACGAGGACGUUGAUAUGAGUGGAUAGGGAGAGUUCAAUCGAAUUUUAUCGUGAGCCUGGGCGGGGGGGGGGGGGGGGGG